AUGAUUUUUGAUUCAUUAUUACCUCUUCCAUCGUUGCCUCAGGCCGAUGUCUUUUCUUACAUCUUUCGCCAUGGACGGCAAGAUUAUCCCAAAGACCGUGUUCUAUAUCAAAUAGACGGGACUGAGGAGACGUUGACGUUGAGCCAGUUAGAACAGCGGAGCCUGCAAUUGGCCCGCCACUUGAAAGCCGAAUAUCGAAUCCAACCUCAGGAUGUGGUAGCGAUAUUUUCUCAUGAUCUAAUCCAAUAUCCCAUUGCCUACUUUGGCUGUAUCGCUGCGGGAGCCACAGUGGCCCUGAUUCCAGUUCAGAAACAGCAAAAUGAGAUGGACGUUGUCUCGCAUCUCAAACUGGUCAAUGCAAAGCUGAUUCUGACUGAUCAAAAGCUGAUUUCCCUGACAAAGAAGGCAUUGAGCCACUAUCGCGAUAUUCCGCUGCUUACUUUGGAUCGCGGAUCCGCAUCAUAUCCGAAUCUGGAAGACAUGCUGGUGGAACCGAGAUGCCGCGAUGAUAGCCAUUUCGCCCCGGUUUUCGAAUUGACUACCAAUGCCCAGGCGGAAGAAUACACAGGCUUUAUCAAUCGCACCAGCGGUUCCACUGGAAGUAUGAAGUCCGUUCUAGUCAGCCACGCCCAUUUCAUCGCAACGAUGGAAGCCACUCGCCUCACAGUUCCAUCCACCACCAACCCAGACGAAGAUGUUUGGAUCUCCCCCCUGUCUCUCGGCUUCUUCAUCAACGCCAAGUUGCAUAUGGGUCUUAACAUCUUACUGGGAAUUCCGGUGGUGCUGAUGAGGGAAUCCCUCGAAUCAUCCAAUAUCGAUGUCAUCCCCCGUCACGGGAUCACGUUCCUCUUUGUUGCGCCGCCAUUGGCUGCGAAGCUUGCGUCCGACCGUAGCGAAACAGACCUAAGCAGCAUAAAAUGGAUCUUGAGUGCGGGCAGCCCCAUUAGCGAAGGCGUUCGCGACGCCCUAUCCUGCCGCUUUGACGGACUGCCAUUGACAAUGGAAUGGGCCUCGGCCGAAACGAUGCUCCUCACUAUCCAGACCGAAGACAAAUCUUCCCGCCGGCCCGGAUCAAGUGGAACGCUGGUCAACGGUGUGCAGGCUAAGGUCAUUGACACGGAAACUGGCGCUCCGUGUGGGGUUGGCGAGUCGGGGAGAACUCUACGAUACAAGGAUAACGAGGUGGCCAACCGUGCCUUCACCUCAGACGGAUGGUUCCAGACAGGCGAUUACGGGUACAUUGAUGAAGACAGCAACGUCUAUAUUCUCGACCGUCUCAAGGAGCUAAUCAAGGUCGGCGAGGGCUACGGAUCACAUGUUUCGGCCGCCGAGCUGGAGGGAAUCAUCUUCGGUCACCCUGCUGUGGGCAGUGUUGUCGUGGUGGGGUGCCGCGAUGAAGCUGCCCAACUGGACCGACCGACUGCAUUUGUUGUUUUGAGGCCCGAAUUCCGUGAAAAGCCAGAACAGGCGAAGGAGGAUAUCGAGCGAUAUGCGGGUGAGGGACUGACUGGUUUGCAAUGUCUGUCCGGUGGGGUCCGCUGUAUCGAUCAGAUUCCAGUGACGGGAUUCAAGAUCAACCGGAGGGCUUUGAGGAGCAUGGCCUAG